ACUCUGUAAUCUCGCAUUUCCCUUGUUUUCUCUCUUGUUUGAUGCUUAGAUUCUCGUUGGUUUGCAAUGUUUUUGCAGUGGAUGCGAUGGAUAUGCCUUAUUUGAAUGCGAAUCUUGAUUCCCUUGACGCACCAAAUUUUCGUAAGGGGUGCAAUUAUGCCGCUGCAGGCUCGACUAUUCUUCCCGCAACAGCUACAUCUUUUUGCCCUUUUUCAUUUGGGGUUCAGGUGAAUCAGUUUCUCCAUUUCAAAGCUAGAGUUCUUGAGCUUCGAACAGGCAAAGGUGGUAAGAAACUUGAUAAGUACCUACCAGCUGAUGAUUACUUCCAGAAGGGGCUUUACAUGUUUGAUAUUGGGCAGAAUGAUAUUGCUGGUGCAUUUUAUUCCAAAACUUUGGACCAAAUUCUUGCCUCAAUACCUGCAAUUUUAUCUGAAUUUGAGAGUGGAGUUCAGGCUUUGUAACCCCUUAUACAAAUUCCCACAAGGUUUGAAUUUUUGAAUUUGUAACCCAAACUACGUGAUAUGGUAUCACGUAAGACAUCUCAAUCAUUCACAAUAUGCACUUGAAUAUGCACUUGAAGGAAGUAGUGAAAAAUGUUGUUCUUAUUACCAUAGGAUAAAGUCAAGUUAUAUUAUAUGAGAUCCCGCAUCGGUUAAGAGGGAAACGAAGCAUUCCUUAUAAGCGUGUGGAAACUUCUCCCUAAUAGACGUGUUUUAAAAUCGUGUGGCUGACGGCGAUUCGUAAUGGGCCAAAGGGAACAAUAUCUGCUAGAUGUGGGGGUGGGCUGUUACAAAUGGUAUCAGAGUCAAACACCAGACGGUGUGCUAGCGAGAAUGCAGGACCCCCAAGGGGGAUGGAUGGUGGAUUGUGAGAUCUCAUAUCAAUUGGAGAGGGGAACGAAGCAUUUCUUAUAAGGGUGAGGAAACCUCUCCUUAACAUACGC